AUGGAGCAUUCUAGCAACGGCUUUUCCGAUGGCGCCCAUUCCCACAAUGCCAAUGUUUUUGCCGGUUAUCUGCAGUCCAGAGCAUUGGUGACGCUGGAAUACCUCGCCGUUGCGCUGCCGGACGCCAAUAUCGACAAUCUGCCGCGCAACUGCAAAGAUAUGAGCAACUACCAGCUCAGCCACCGCAGUGGCAUUUAUGCCAGAAAGGUCAACCUUGUCAAGGCCAACUCCUUGCUUGCCAACGACUUGAAGGUAUUUGGCAGUUUCUAUAUCCUGUAA